CUUGCAUAUAACAUGGUGACGUAACCGUAAAUGGUUGAACAAACAUAGGAAAUCGAUCUUAUCGGAGUGAAAACAUCAAAAACCAUUCGCUCAGCUUUGAAACAGGAACCGCCCCUUUAACUUCUAGCUACAAACUAGCCUCAUCGAAGUUUGUUCACUUUGAUCACACAUGUCAUAUCUGUCAGGACAUACACAGGCUGUCUAAGAAUUAUACGUUUUUAACUCGGAUUCGGCAAGUUUGGAAGUAGGCUAUGCCUCAACGAGUUGUCGUGCAAGGUCCUGGACCUUGGGGAUUCCGUCUAGUUGGUGGGAAGGAUUUUGAACAACCCUUGACUAUCUCGCGGGUAAGUGUUGUUUCAGAUCAUCUGUCACUUUAUAAUGUACUGUUACAAUGUAACGGCAUCUGGCCUUUUCCCGUGGCAGAACUUUCACUUGCUGACUCGAACACACUCUUUCCGUGAGGCGCGAGGGGAAGCGCUCGUUCUCGCUGCUGUAAAGAACAUUAUUUUCGUUACCUCCCCAAUAAUGAAUUGCCACUUGAGGGUCAGGAGAAAGUUACUUUUCGGAUCAUUGUGACAGAUGGCCAUUCAAUAAAACUUUAUUUACUCUGAACGGCCUUUCCCGAGAAACCAGCUUCACAGUUUGUGUUGUGCAAAGUGUGCUACCAUGUGCUACUGUUAAAGUCGUCCAUGAAUUGGUCUAGUCUAUUUCUAGAUGACAAUCUUCCAUUGUUUGGCCAAUACAUCCAUCCAAGCCUGUAUAGGUCUAUACAUUAUUGUUUAGUUUAUCUAGAGGGCAUUAACAACCAAUUAUAUAGUUUAAGUUAUUUUCUCAGACUUAGGCCUACAGUACAGCACCUUUUGUGGGUAGGCAAGAUCACAUCCCUUGAGACUACAUUGUCAUAGGUGGGGCACUGAACUUCACUCUGUCUUCACCAAUCUAACAUUUGCCCACAAUGUUUAGCCCUAAACGUUGUUGUCUCUGAAGUACAUAUUGAAGAAUCAUUGGCAAGGUGUAUUGAGGGCUUCAGUGCAAAGGAUUAUGAAGUGUUUUAGAUGUAACCAACUUAAUGACUGCUAUUCACACUCUUAUCUUUGACCACCAACUAUAUUGUUAAGUGUGUUUGUGAAACCGAUUCUUGUUAUUUGUUAAGUUUCUCGAAGACAUCCCUUUGAAUGCUUAGUCACCAUCAUACUUUUCUAGUGUUACUAAUCCAUUCUGACAACUGAGACUGCGCCCAUAUUUACCACAUAACAACCUGCCACGGGACACUCGAGAGUUUUGCCAAAGGAUCCUUGUCCUCCUGAAAUGUCAUAGAUGAAUCCCAGAUUACUAGGUCCCAAAUUUGAUAAGAACGUUUAGUAUGUUGAUGAUGUACUGAAUAUUUCAGGUCACUCCGGGCAGUAAGGCUGCCCAGGCCAAUCUGUGUGUCGGGGAUCAGAUCCUGGCCAUAGAUGGAGAGCACACUGAGAGCAUGACUCACCUGCAGGCACAGAACAAGAUCAAGGGCUGCUUAGAGGAAAUGGUCCUCUCCAUCGACAGGUAGGGAGUUGCAGUUUUCCAUAGACUCAAAUGGGUUCAAAAAGCACUGAGUUAUGAAACAAUCCAGCACAAGUACAGUAUCUCUGACACCUGAUGUGGUUAUAUGGAAGGGAUACUAAAUUGUAUGGUUCAAAUGGUUAAGGGGGUGGGGGAAGGAAGUCUUGGAUUUGUUUAUGUCUGAGGUUAAACGCCCACACCAGUAGAAAUCCACUUGUUCGAGCUGAAAGACUAUGGCCAGAGCUUACCCAUGAUGUUGCACAACAAUUUAAGUCGAUAAAUCAUUGUUUUAGUCAAAGUAUGACAUAUUUGGGCUUGAAGUGAUAAAUCCGAACUGCCCACUUCAUAUAAAUCUGUGUGAAUGCGGUGACUUUUCCUGUAAUAUGACAUACAAAUUAUUUUCAGCCAACGUUUUGUUUCAGGGCUGGGUUUUAUUUGAAUGUUACCACACACCAGCAUGGCAUUGUUUAUUAAUCAGAAACAGCUGAAAAUGUAUUAUUCUUGGUGACAGAGAUGAGCCAAACAGCCUUGUGUCCACCAUGGAGCAAAACUUUUAUAUUUUUGCACCUCUGCUUUUUUUUCCUCCUGAAAAUCAUCAUAAUCCAUCCAAUAUGUAUGUGUAAGCCAGUCCUCAGUAAAAGGCACAUGACAGCCCGCUUGGAGUUUGCCAAAAUGCACCUGAAGGACUCUCAGACCAUGAGAAACAAGAUUCUCAGGUCUGAUGAAACCAAGAUUUAACACUUUGGCCUGAAUGCCAAGCGUCACAUCUGGAGGAAACCUGGCACCAUCCCUACGGUGAAGCAUGGUGGUUGCAGCAUCAUGCUGUGGGGAUGUUUUUCAGCGGCAGGGACUGGGAUACUAGUUAGGAUCAAGGGAAAGAUGUACGAAGCAAAGUACAGAGAGAUCCUUCAUGAGCGCUCAGGACCUCAGACUGGGGCAAAGGUUCACCUUCCAACAGGACAACGACCCUAAGCACACAGCAAGACAACGCAGGAGUAGCUUCGGGACAAGUCUCUGAAUGUCCUUGAGUGGCCCAGCCAGAGCCCAGACUUGAACCCGAUGUAACAUCUCUGGAGAGACCUGAAAAUAGCUGUGCAGCGACGCUCCCCAUCCAACCUGACAGAGCUCGAGAGGAUCUGCAGAGAAGAAUGGAAGAAACUCCCCAAAUACAGAUGUGCCAAGCUUGUUGUGUCAUACCCAAGAAGACUCGAGGCUGCAAUCGCUGCCAAAGUUGCUUCAACAAAGUACUGAGUAAAGGCUCUGAAUACUUAAGUAAAUGUGAUAUUUCUGUUUUUUUUACUUAUAAUACAUUUGCAAACAUUUCUUAAUAUAUUUUUGCUUUGUCAUUAUGGGGUAUUGUGUGUAGAUUGAUGAGUAAAACAUGUUUUUACAUCCAUUUUAGAAUAAGGCUAUAACGUAACAAAAUGUAAAAAAAGUCAAGGGGUCUGAAUACUUUCCGAAUGUGUUGUAUAGUUAGUUACAUGUCAUUUGCGGUGUGCAUGAUCAUGAGCAAUGUCAUUCACUUCCCCUGUGAGAACCAUGAGCACAGGCUAACUUGACUUUGCUGUGCCGAAGCCUGCCAGCAGUCUACAUUUACAUUUGACAUUUUAGUCAUUUAGCAGACGCUCUUAUCCAAAUGUUGAUGUACCAACUUGACGUAUGUGUGAUAUCAUGGCAGGACAGUUGUUGUGAGUGGUGCUUUCCUUAAAGGGGCAAUCUGUGUUUCUACAUCCAUUUUUGGACUUUUAAGUUAAUGAUAUAUAGCCAUUGAUUCUUGAAGAAUAUAACUUAUAAGUGCCUCAUGAGCUUAGAUCUACUGUAACCCCCCCAGAACACAAAAUAUAAGCUUGUUUUACUCCUUUGUUUGUAAAUGAUGUAAUUGUAAAAACUGUAUAGCCUCAAAAUAUGGUUAAAUGUUGGAAAUUGAUAUCAUGGAUGGACAGUCCUUGCAUUCAUAGCGCUGUCUUAAUUUAAGAGUGGUUACAUUUCUCCCAGCCCCAUCCCUUUGGCUUUUUACCAAAACGGUGGUGGGGUGUGGCUUUUUACCAAAACGGUGGUGGGGUGUUGCUUUGUUAUUGUUUGAACUGCAGAUUGCCCCUAUAAAAUAUGUUCUUUAGAAAUGGUUGUGGUCCCAUCAACAGGUUUGAGGCCUGCUCCGUACACACAUCUUUAAUGUUUAUUGCAUGUCUGAAAACUGUUUUAUUGCAAGACUGAAUGUUUUUUAAUUGCAAGUCUGUAUAUUGUCUGACUGUCUUUUUAGAUCAGAAACUAAAAUCUGGUCACCGCUCUCUUCGGAGGAUGGAAAGACCAACCCUUACAAGAUGAAUCUUGCAUCUGAGCCCCAGGUGUGUCUGUCUUGUAUCCUACUUCACUCAGACCAAAGAUAUCAUUAGGAAAUGAGGCAUUCAUACGUUGACUUAGAGGUAUGUCCCUGCUCUGUCAUGGCAUAUUAACUGGAAAAUCCCAUACUCACAGAAAGGAAAUUAUCCAGUAUCUGCAACCUUUCACAUCCCCACUGCACAAACAAAGGCUUGGGUUGUGAUACUGCCAACGAUGAAGUCAUUGUUUACUUCCCAACAGGAGAUAUCCUAGGAGACCAUGGCGUUAUCAGCCAAGCUCUGACGCAAGACUCAGUUCCUGCAUAGUGAAUGGAAAAUUGAGGCCAAAGUGUGAAUUUAAUGUAGGAAGUGUGUGAUUUGUCAGUCCUCCACAGCUUUCAGGGAUGUGUCGCGAACAUAGUGCAUUUUGGUCACAGAAUUUCUAGAAAAUAUAUAUGUUUUACGCAUACACACUGUUUUAAAUGAUUUUUUUCACUUUCGCUGUUAAUGAAUCCAACAAAUGCAUUUGUCGUGUGGAGCCACAGCCUGGAGCGGCAGUUUUUUUUUGUUAUGUCUUUGUGAAAAUAUGCACGGAGCAUGAGCCAGAUUUGAAGGUAUUUAGUCAUUUCAUUGACUGUGUACAUUAAUGGUGUGCUUGCAUGUCACCGUAUUUUGUUUCGGGCAGCCCCUUUUUUACCGGCUAUUAUGAAGGAGGUACCCAAAUAACCUUUUGACGAUGCUAUUCUUUACCUCUAAUAUUCACAAAUUAGUCAAGCAACUGUCAUACUGUUUCUAUCAAGGCAUGUGUGUGAGAGAUGCCGUUGAAAAUAGUUCUAUGAUUUUGUCCUGUACUCAUUACUUUCUUUAUCCCUGGCUACACCCAACUUGCAGGAGGUGAAACCCAUAGGUUCCGCCCACAACAGGAGCGCCCUGCCAUUCGCUGGGUUUGGCCCCAAUGUGGUAACCAAUCAGUACAACAACCCUGCCGGUCUGUACUCCUCCGAGAACAUCAAGGACUUUAACACGGCCGUGGAUGACGUGAAAACCAUUGCCACUGCUGCUAACGAGCCCAGCACCAUGUAAGGAUCUAUCCCAGCUGGUUGUAAUAAUGUCAUUGCAACCAAUUUUACUCGCUGGGUAUCAUUCUGAAAUUUACGACGUGGCUUACUAUCGCAGAAUGUACUGCAUUUUCACUUGUUAAAUGCUUACAGUAUGUGUUUGUUACAAGUCAAACUCAGUGGUGGCCCAAGGAAACAUAGCAAUGUGUAAGGCCCUAUCACUAUAAUUGGUUUGUCCUUGAUUUGACUACGCCUUUGUACUAUAUGACUCAUUGUAUGUAAACUAGUAUUGAUUUGAAGUGUGUUCAUUUGUUUUUCAGCCCAAUAGUGGCAGACUCGGAGGUCUACAAAAUGCUGCAGGAAAACCAAGAGGCUAAUGAGCCUCCUCGACAGUCAGCUUCAUUCAAAGUGCUGCAGGAGAUUCUGGAGUCAGGUACUUAUUCACACAUACAGUGCUGUGAAAAAGUAUUUGCCCCCUUUCUAAUUUUCUCUACUUUUGCAUAUUUGUGAUACUGAAUGUUAUCAGAUCUUCAACCAAAACCUAAUAUUAGAUAAAGGGAACAUAAGUGAACAAAUAACACAACAAUUACAUAUUUAUUUCAUAAACAAAGUAAUGCAACACCCAAUUCCCCUGUGUGAAAAAGUAAUUGCCCCCUUACACUCAAUUGGUUGUGCCACCUUUAGCUGCAAUGACUCCAACCAAAUGCUUCCUGUAGUUGUUGAUCAGUCUCUCACGUCGCUGUGGAGGAAUUUUGGCCCACUCUUCCAUGCAGAACUGCUUUAACUCAGUGACAUGUGGGUUUUCAAACAUGAACGGCUCGUUUCAAGUCCUGCCACAACAUCUCAAUUGGGAUUAGGUCUGGACUUUGACUAGGCCAUUCCAAAACUUCCAAUUUGUUACUUUUUAGUAAUUUUCAUGUAGACUUGAUUGUGUGUUUUGGAUCAUUGUCUUGCUGCAUGACCCAGCUGCAGUUCAGCUUCAGCUCACAGACGGAUGGUCUGACAUUCUCCUGUAGAAUUCUCUGAUACAGAGCAGAAUUCAUGGUUCCUUCUAUUAAGGCAAGUCGUCCAGGUCCUGAGGCAGCAAAGCAUCCCCAAACCAUCACACCACCAAAGGUCAAGCAUGGUGGUGGUGGUGGUGUGAUGGUAAAUGAAAUAAAUAUGUCAUUGUUGUGUUAUUUGUUCUCUUAUGUUCCCUUUAUCUAAUAUUAGGUUUUGGAUGAAGGUCUGAUAACAUUCAGUAUCACAAAUAUGCAAAAGUAGAGAAAAUUAGAAAGGGGCAAAUACUUUUUCACAGCACUGUAUAUAUGCAGCUGAUAUUUAUAUAGUGUUUAAGCAAUGUGGCAUUUACUUCAAAAUGGGUUUGAAAUGCAACCAUUUUGGGUUGCAUCACAUGGAUUGCGUAUCAAUUGGGUUGGAUUAUAACCCUGCAUAACGUAUUGCCACCGUUGCAAUGAUGUUGCACAAUUUUAGAGACACUAGCACUUUUGUUUCGCAUUGUCAAAUUGGGUUAUAACUUUGUCAUGUAAUGUUUGGAGUUUUAACAUUAUGUAAUUGGCAAUUGUUCUUGAAUAGAUUUGGUUGAGCUAAGUAGUGUUUAAACCAGGGGUGUCAAACUCAUUUUAGCUCAGGGGCCACAUGGAGGAAAAUCUAUUCCCAAGUGGGCCGGACCGGAAAAAUCAUGGUGUGUGUAUAUAUAUAUAUAACUUAAAAACAACAACUUCAGAUUGUUUUCUUUGUUUUAAUACGAUCAACAUACAACAUAAAGCUGGAGCCUGAGGACAGUGUGUCCAAAAUAGUACAAGCACAACAUCACUAUUAAUCAUAAAACACGUCAAGUUUAUUUGAAAAUUCUAAAGAAAAAGAACACACAAACACACAAUGCCUCAGUGAUUAACAGAACUGUUUCACAGAUCACAGAACUAUAUCAGGGUGUCAUUUCUCAGGCAGAAAUGUAGAUAAAAAUAAUGAAAUCCUGUUCCCCAAACAAGUGCAAGUACCACAGAGUCAAGAAUAGGUUAAAUAUACAAAUAAAAUAAAAACAAUUAAAAACAAUAGCACAUCAACAUAAAAACAUAUAAACAUAAAUCUGAAAGCGUUGCUCAAACUCCCGUAACAGUCCCGUUAUUUUAUCUUUGAACCGCUUCAUGUCUGCCACAUGUUGGGUCGCGCACACAUUUUUCAGACAGGGGAAGUGAGCUGCAUCACCACCGGCAAGUUGCGUCUCCCACAAUGACAGCUUCAACUUGAAAGAACGUAUGCUGUCAUAAUACUGCGUGACAACUUUGUUGCGCCCUUGCAGCUGUUUGUUCAAGUUAUUCAGGUGCUCUGUAACAUCCACCAUAAAUGCAAGGUCCUGCAUCCAUUCUGCGGAAUGAAAUUCUAACACUGGUUUGCCCUUUUCUUCCAUGAACUGUUCAAUUUCUUCUCGUAAAUCAAAGAAACGCCUCAGCACAGCACCUCGGCUUAACCAUCUUACCUCAGUGUGGUAUGGCAGGCCAUAGAUGUGGUCUUUCUCUCUGAGAAGGCUGUCAAACUGACGGUGAUUCAGGCUUCUGGAUCGGAUGAAAUUAACAGUUUGGAUGACCACCUUCAUGACGUUAUCCAUCUUUAAUGACUUGCAACACAAAGCCUCCUGGUGCAAAAUACAGUGAAAAGUCAAAAAAUCACGUCCUCCAUUUGCAGAUUGCACUUUCUCUCUGAACUUUGUCACAACGCCUGCUUUUUUCCCGAUCAUUGAGGGCGCACCAUCUGUAGCCAGACUGACAGCGCGGGACCAGUCCACUCCGACCCUGUCCAGCGCGCCGACGAGUGCGGUAAAAAUAUCAGCUGCUGUUGUUGUAUCUGUCAUCGGCACCAACUCCACGAACUCCUCGGUGACGGUCAAUGUCAAAUCAAAAUCAAAUCAAAUUUUAUUGGUCACAUGCGCCGAAUACAACAGGUGCAGACAUUACAGUGAAAUGCUUACUUACAGCCCUUAACCAACAGUGCAUUUAUUUUAAACAAAAAAAGUAAGAAUAAAACAACAACAACAAAAAGUGUUGAGAAAAAAAGAGCAGAAGUAAAAUAAAGUGACAGUAGGGAGGCUAUAUAUACAGUAAAAUAAAGUGACAGUAGGGAGGCUAUAUAUACAGGGGGGUACCGUUGCAGAGUCAAUGUGCGGGGGCACCGGCUAGUUGAGGUAGUUGAGGUAAUAUGUACAUGUGGGUAGAGUUAAAGUGACUAUGCAUAAAUACUUAACAGAGUAGCAGCAGCGUAAAAAGGAUGGGGUGGGGGGGCAGUGCAAAUAGUCCGGGUAGCCAUGAUUAGCUGUUCAGGAGUCUUAUGGCUUGGGGGUAGAAGCUGUUGAGAAGUCUUUUGGACCUAGACUUGGCACUCCGGUACCGCUUGCCGUGCGGUAGCAGAGAGAACAGUCUAUGACUAGGGUGGCUGGAGUCUUUGACAAUUUUGAGGGCCUUCCUCUGACACCGCCUGGUAUAGAGGUCCUGGAUGGCAGGGAGCUUUGCCCCAGUGAUGUACUGGGCCGUACGCACUACCCUCUGUAGUGCCUUGCGGUCAGAGGCCAAGCAGUUGCCAUACCAGGCGGUGAUGCAACCAGUCAGGAUGCUCUCGAUGGUGCAGCUGUAGAAUUUUUUGAGGAUCUGAGGACCCAUGCCAAAUCUUUUUAGUCUCCUGAGGGGGAAUAGGCUUUGUCGUGCCCUCUUCACGACUGUCUUGGUGUGUUUGGACCAUGAUAGUUCGUUGGUGAUGUGGACACCAAGGAACUUGAAGCUCUCAACCUGUUCCACUACAGCCCCGUCGAUGAGAAUGGGGGCGUGCUCAGUCCUCUUUUUUUUCCUGUAGUCCACAAUCAUCUCCUUUGUCUUGGUCACGUUGAGGGAGAGGUUGUUGUCCUGGCACCACACGGCCAGAUCUCUGACCUCCUCCCUAUAGGCUGUCUCAUCGUUGUCGGUGAUCAGGCCUACCACUGUUGUGUCGUCGGCAAACUUAAUGAUGGUGUUGGAGUCGUGCCUGGCCAUGCAGUCAUGGGUGAACAGAGAGUACAGGAGGGGACUGAGCACGCACCCCUGAGGGGCCCCCGUGUUGAGGAUCAGUGUGGCAGAUGUGUUGUUACCUACCCUUACCACCUGGGGGCGGCCCGUCAGGAAGUCCAGGAUCCAGUUGCAGAGGGAGGUGUUUAGUCCCAGGAUCCUUAGCUUAGUGAUGAGCUUAGAGGGCACUAUGGUGUUGAAUGCUGAGCUGUAGUCAAUGAAUAGCAUUCUCACGUAGGUGUUCCUCUUGUCCAGGUGGGAAAGGGCAGUGUGGAGUGCGAUAGAGAUUGCAUCAUCUGUGGAUCUGUUGGGGCGGUAUGCAAAUUGGAGUGGGUCUAGGGUUUCUGGGAUUAUGCUGUUGAUGUGAGCCAUGACCAGUCUUUCAAAGCACUUCAUGGCUACAGACGUCAGUGCUACGGGUCGGUAGUCAUUUAGGCAGGUUAUCUUAGAGUUCUUGGGCACGGGGACUAUGGUGGUCUGCUUGAAACAUGUUGGUAUUACAGACUCAGUCAGGGACAUGUUGAAAAUGUCAGUGAAGACACUUGCCAGUUGGUCAGCACAUGCUCGGAGUACACGUCCUGGUAAUCCGUCUGGCCCUGCGGCCUUGUGAAUGUUGACCUGCUUAAAAGUCUUACUCACAUCGGCUACGGAGAGCGUGAUCACAUAGUCAUCCGGAACAGCUGGUGCUCUCAUGCAUGCUUCAGUGUUGCUUGAGUUGAUGACACAAUGUGUCAUCAACUCCGCGGAUGAAAAUGGCCAGUUGUGCAACAUCUGUAAUGUCCGUGCUUUCAUCAAUUGCAACCGAAAACGCAAUAAAUGACUUUACUUUUUGCUUCAACUGGCUGUCCAAAUCCACUGAAAGAUCGGAAAUCCUGUCUGCAACUGUGUUUCUUGUCAGGCUGAUAUUUGCAAAAGCCUGCAGCUUUUCAGGGCACACAAUCUCCGCUGCCUUCAUCAUGCAUGUUUUUACAAAUUCACCCUCACUAAAUGGUUUUGAAGCCACUGCGAUUUCAUUAGCAAUGAGGUAGCUAGCUUUCACUGCAGCGUCACUGAUGUCUCGGCUGUGAGUAAACACAGACUGCUGUUUCUUCAGACCCGCCAACAGUUCAUUCACCUUCUCUCAUCUCCGCUGUCCUUGAAAGUUGUCAUAUUUGUCGGCAUGAAGACUCGCAUAGUGGCGACGAAGGUUAUAUUCUUUCAGCACUGCAACAUGCUCUGAACACACCAAACAUACAGCUUUCCCAUUCAAUUCCGUGAAUAAAUAGGAUGACAAUUUUUCUUGGAACACUCUGCACUCUGCGUCCACUUUUCUCUUUUUUGACAGAGACAUAUUGGGGCAAUGAGGGUGCCAAAGCACAUAAUGUUAAAAGUAGAAGCCGUAAUAAAUAUCGCGGGCAAAACAAAGUAGCUCAUUGGCUGCACGUGCUUGACCUACUUGCUCUGCCCCGGUAUAAACAGUUUGCUUGCUUAACACAAUUGCUAUUGCGCCAUCCAGUGGACGCAAUUGGAACAGCAGUUUAUUUUAUUGAAAAAUUGCAGCGCAUUUUUAUACUUUACAAAAUUAUUAUUAAAAAAAAAAAAAUUCACAAUCAUCUCGCGGGCCGGAUUAAACCCGUUUGCGGGCCUGAUUCGGCCCGCGGGCCGGACGUUUGACACCCCUGGUUUAAACGAUCAUUUUGAUUCUAUAGUUGGUAACAGACUGGUGACACAAUGUAUUGUAUCUCUGUGUGACACGAAAAGCCUUUGCCAUAUUUUCCAGGGUUUUCCAAAUAUUUAAUGGCAAUUGGUAAGUGGCUUAACAAACCAUGAUGGCUUGUCUCCUCUUGAUUGCAGAUCCUGAUAAGCCCUCUGGGUUUAGGAGUGUGAAGGCACCCGCCGCAAAAAUCGUCUCAACAGUGGGAAAUGCGCACAAGUUACCAAUCUGUGAGAAAUGUGGAUCAGGGAUUGUGUAAGUACAGCAUAUGAUUAUUCAAACAGUCGUGAUCUCAUGAUAAUAUUGUAAACUUUGCAUUUUGCUCACAGUGAUUUGACGAGGAGAUCCACGCCUACUCUGAGAUGCUUCAUGAAUACAGCCCAAUUCGGAUGGCUUAUUUGAUACCUAUAAUAUGUUUUCCAGAAAGUGUAAACAGCAAAAAACACAUGGAAUCUGAUCUUUUGAGUUCUGAUGUAUUCCACAUUUUUAUAUGUGGUUCUCAAUCCUGAUACAAUUAAGAUGUUUCAUAUGCGACCUCAAUCUGGAUGAUCAGAUCUGAUUUCUUUGCUCUGAAGUGUUGUUUUGCACAUGACCUGCCAUUAACAUGACAAGCUUCCAAAAAUUCAACGGUGGCUGAAUUUCCUGGACGCCUCUUUUCGAAAGCUAAACAAUCUUACCUUCUGUGCAUGUGUGGGAUUCUCUACCUCACGCACACAUUUAUUUACCUCGUUGCUGCUCCCUCCACUGCCGCUUUCCCCUCCUUCCUCCUGCGGCGAUGAUCAAAUGUCUUUGUCUACAAACUUCGACAUGUUGUACUACAAACUUCUUUGUCAGUUGUAACAGUAGGCCGUUACAAACGUAAGCAGGACACCGAAAGGCAGUUGAAGUAGCAAUUUAAUGUAAUUUUUUCAGGUUGGGAGUUACAUGCAGCUAUCUAGGCAGCAUAUCAAACAUAACAGGACACAGACGGGCUACUCUGGUGAAUUUUAUGUGCUGUCCAUCAAAUCAUACGGCGUUGCAUGAUCAUUGAGAAGUGAAAUAUCAGUUGUAUGUUAUUGAUGGUUAAAAGGCAGAUUGUUUUGCCCCAAUGCAAUGUGUAGACUGCAUCCUGCUUAUGUUUGUGCUGCUUUAAUAUCCUAGUUACAACAGACCGAGAAGGUUGAAGCUACCUUGUCCACAUUGGCCUACAAAAUACAUAUUUUGGGGGGGAAUAUUUGUUCAAAUCUUCGCUGGGUUUUUAUUUAAUUUGUUCAGAAAUAUGAGACAGAGUCGUACAUCUUCAUGUCGAUCAAAUUGACUGAUAGGUAAUGUGUGUGUAAAGUAACACGUGCAGAAUGUGAUACAUUUACAUUGAGCUAAACAACCGUAAGAGGCAUCCAGGUGGAACAGUGACCGGAAAUUAGCAUUGCAUCUGUGUGCUGUUUCAGAGGCUACAUCAGUGUGAAUGCGGCAAUCUGAUAUGGGUCACAUGUAGAAUUGCAAAGGGAGGGUGUAUUACUGAAAACCUUUGACGUUUACCAGUAAACUACCAGAAUUCUUGGUAACUUUUCACGUUUUUUGGGGGGUAUCUAGUGGCCUUUUUUGGUGCUUCAGAUUAUCACAGUUGUUUUGUAAUUAUCUCUGGCCCUCUGUGUGGCCUUAUCACAUGUAAAAGGUAAUGACAAAGCUGUAAAACAUUAGCCUAAAUACAAACCAACUUAGUGAAUACCAUUUGUGUUUAAUAUGAGGGUUUCAGCAUGAAAUAUCAUUUAUAUUGUUUUUUUACACUUAUUUAUUUUACUAUGUCAAUAUGUCUUUGUUGUAAAUAUUUUGGCACCAAACUGGUGGCAGUUGGGAAGAAAGUCAAUAGUUGGAAGAGUUGCAGAGUUAAUUGAAAAUAAUAUAUUUGCUGAAGAUGCUUUUUUCAUUAUUUAGGCUAUUUUCUCUUGAACCAAAUGGUCUAUCCACUAGAAACGAAUUAACUACAUUGGCACGGCUAUAAACAAAGAAUACUAUAUAUGAAUACAUUUUUUGAAAGUUAUUCAAGUAUAAAUUACCAAAGUUACUAUAGAUUGUCAUAUAUUACCUGUUAAUUACUGAAGAUUCCGGUAACUUUUGUAAAUUAUCAGUAUCUUCGCAACCCUAGUCACGUGAAAAACUGAGUGUGGACAGUCAGAAAGAAAUAUCUGAAUUGGGUUCUUAGGAUGGCUCUUUAAACUCAGCCUCAGUUGCUACACUAAGAUGAAAUACUGUAUCUUAGUCUUUUUUGUCACUGGUAUUUGUCUCCCAAGUUUUUUUUUCUGGAAUGUCACAGGAGAAGGGUUUUGUGUCACAUAUCAAUUCAGUUGGCUGAUAUACAGCCAUGCUGUGAGCAUGCCGCCAACAGCUGUGCACUUCAGGGGUUGUUAACACUCGGUUAUAAUGUGUUAAGACUUAAAGGGCAAUUCUGCCACAUUUCAACCUCCUAUUCAUUAUCUACAGCACCAAACCAGUGUCUAUAUAUGUGAAAACAGCAUUUUUCUAUGAUCUGUGGUUGAAAAGAUAAAGGUCCUGAGAAAUGCUUCUCACAGGAUAGGAUUAAAAGUAAGAAAUUGUGAUUUUCAAAAUCUGCAACGAGUUUCUAGCCAGAGGGAGGGUGUGUUCUUACUCCCCAUGUCACCGCAAAUCUGUUUUGAAAAUCACUGUUUUAAAAUGUUUGAACUUUUGAUGAUUUCUUCGGGUAUAACUUUUUUACAAAAAAAAGUAUACAAAACGUAGAACUGCGCCGUAUUCAUACAUUUCAGUGGAGGCUUCUGAGGGGAGGAUAGCUCAUAAUAAUGGCUGGAACGGAGCAAAUGGAAUUGCAAACACGUGGAAACCAUGUGUUUGACGUAUUUGAUACCAUUCCACAUAUUCCGCUCCAGCCAUUACCACAAGCCUGUCCUCCCCAAUUAAGGUGCCACCAACCUCCUGUGGCAUAUGUAGACACUGGUGUUGUGCUGGAGAUAAUUAAAAUUAGGUUGAAAAGUGGUGGAGUUGCCCUUUAAGAGACGCUCUAAGGGUGCUUGGACAUGCCUACUGUGAGACCUCCACGGUGGAUUGGGUGGCAAGAUUAGCUGUUUUGUCUAUCAUGAUAAGAGAAGAUGGAACAGUGCUAGAGGUGUGUGUGGAAAAACGACAUCUCAGUUUCUAAUUGUCUUACUCAUCUAAUUGUCUUACUAUCUUCCUACAAAGGCAGAAAUGGUUGUCUCUGUUUUUAGAAUGUAUUUUAGACCAUUUUUGUCUAACAUUUUAGAUAUAACAUUUCAUACCCUCUUCAUAAUGUAUACCUCCUUAUGCUCUAUGCAUUACAAGGCACUACAUAGGCCUUAAUAACUGCUUAGAAACAUCUGACUACAUUCAUAGAGCAUUAUGACAAAGGCUGUAAAAUGGCUUAUGAAGAGUUAUGCCCUAUGUGCAAAGCUCAUUAGGAAAUCUUAAGUUCUCGUCAAGGGGUAUAUUCAAAUUCCCCUGCGCACACUGUCACACAUGUAACUCUGCCUUGCACACCAAACAUGAUUGUCGAACCCCCUCAUUUCCAAUGAGCAUUUCAUAUUGGCCAUUAUAAGACUUUGCUACAUGGGAUAUUAUGUUGCCUGCGCAUAAUGCUUUGUGAAUGUUAUUAGGAGCUAAUAGGUGCUCAUAAAUAUCUAUGUAAUGCAUUAUAGUGUAUUACGCAUGCUCAUGAAGCAUUAUAACUGGGCAAAUAAUGCAUUAUGAAGAGGGUUUUCAUAAGAUUUUUUUUAAUCAUUUAUUUAUUAAUUUGACCUAACCAUUUAGUUUGUGAUCUCUUCUUUCCCAAACUCAGAGGGAUGGUUGUCAAGUUGCGGGACAAGUUUCGUCACCCCGAGUGCUACACCUGCUCCAAUUGUGACAUCAACCUGAAACAGAAGGGACAUUUCUUCGUGGAGGACCAGAUCUACUGCGAGAAACACGCACGUGAGCGAGUGACUCCACCCGAAGGCUAUGACGUGGUCACAGUCUUCCCCAAGUAGAGCUGUCUCGUUGAACACUGCCUCAAACUGCACAUGACCAUAUUAGUGUCUCCAAGACUCCAUGAAAACCAUUCCAAGACAUUCCAGCAUUUUAAAGAUGUCACAUUCUAGACUGUAAAAUGGUCUACUGUUUUAUGCCUGGAUAAUGUUACUACCAGGCACAACAUGUUAAGCUUCAAUCGAGGUUUGCUACUCGUCAAAUAAUAAUAAUUUGCACAUUAUGCGUAUACAUUUAGGAACCAAAGAAGGCUAUGAAUUGGUUGCAUACAUGGUGUAGUCUGGGUUCAACCAAUCUCUGUAAGAGGAAUCCAAAACAUUUGCAUUUUAAUCAGUAGGCUAAUAAAUGUUUUGGGUGUAUCUGUUUUUACCAUGAAAAUCUGUCUCAAACAUGCUGUGACUAAGGAUAUUCAAGGGACCUGCAGUAGCCACUGUACUUGGGUUAGACUUUUUCAUGGUGGUUGGAUCCAGGAUUCUGGUGGCCCUGCUUCUGGGUGGAUGUUCAUAAACAAAACUCUUCCAAAAUGAUUGCUGAGCUCUAUCUUUUCAUAGUGAAAAUGCUGUAUUGGUCUUCAAAAUUACUCUUGUCAAUAUAAUUAUGACUUAAUAAAUGUUGUCUCAAACCGUGA